AUGUCCGAACUCCCUCAUCAAACUGGGCCACCUCAUCAAGAGGAUUCCCCGGUCGAAUAUGACAUGUUUCGUACUGAGCUCCAAAGUCUCCAGCACAUCCCCGAGGAUGAGCUGGCUGCUCGAAUGGUUCUGCACCUGAGACAAAUCACUCAACCUGACGAACCAUUGAGUUUCAAGAUUGAAGCGCUCAAGAUUGGCGUUGAGAAGGUUCACAUUGAUGUCAGUAAGAUGCUAGACAAGAUCAAUGUUAUGUAUGGUCAGGUCCUUGGCACCGAAGAACGCACUUCUGGGUUGCCCGAAGAGAUCUUCAAGUUGGCCGCCCGGCUCACUCGCCUCGAGGGCUUCCUCCAUCAUCUCAAGCUGAAAGUCGACGUUUUUGAGCAGUACAUCAAAUUUGUCGAAGAUGAUGAGAGUGAUGACGAUGAAGAGGAGCCCGAGUCGUCUGAUACUGAUAGUGACCCUGGUGACACUGGAAGACUCGUUCCGGAUACUGCUCAGCCUGACAAGACCGACGCCAAAGCCGAAGAGGCGGCCGCAGUCGAGGAGAAUGCCGCUGCCACCGAGACUGGCUCUGAGGUCGCUGAGGACAAGGUCUGCGAGUGAUUGACUCUCUUGAGCCAAUCCUCUGCCGCAUUCUGAUGAGAGUGCCGCAUCUCUGGGGAACUCCUGUAAUUAGAAAUCAUGGAACAUGUUGGGCAUGUUGGUAGAUGUGGUUUGCAGGUCUUGGAUCCGUUCUGAGACCGGCCAUUAUCUACUUGAGCUAUGUAUUACAGGAAU